AACGAAAUGUAAAUGUCAAAUUGUGACAAAUCUGACGUUGGUGAUGUGUUUCAAUCAGUGGUGGAAUUAGAAAUAAAUCGUGUUAAUUGAAGAACUUACUAUGUCAUUGCCUUCCCAUUAGACUGAUUGCAAACUAAAAUAAUGAAUUUCAACGCUUCCAGAAAUGUGGGCCAGGGCGGUGGAAUCCGCAAGGCUAAGCGUGUGAGCGAUGUAGCAGCGAUGGGGGCGCCGUCGCCGAGCCCUGCCUUCAGCCCCGCACCAGCAUACAAUGCAGGGUUCCAACCUGCAGGCCCUCCUCCACCUUACCAAGAGGGAAUCCAAUUGGAUGCCUCACAAGACUUUAGCAAUGCAGCUCCUCCACCUGGCAAUUUUGGCUACAUGGGUGGCUACCCCCAAUCUCCUAUGGUAAACCCAGCCCAGUUGGGGUCAAUGCUGCACCAACCCAUUGUGCAGGAUAUGGCUCUGCAGUACGGCAACCAGCUGGCGGCGCAGGGACGCGAGGCGGUGCAGCGGGAGAUAAACAAAUACGUCCCAGUGUCACGGCUGCGGUACUACUUCGCGGUGGACACGCGAUACGUGCUGCGGAAGUUGCUGCUAAUCAUAUUCCCCUACACACAUAAGGAAUGGAUGGUGAAAUACGACCAGGACACGCCGGUGCAACCUCGCUACGACAUCAACGCGCCGGACCUGUACAUACCCUCCAUGGGAUACGUCACAUACGUGCUGCUCGCUGGAUUCAUGUUAGGUCUACAGCACAGGUUCUCACCAGAACAAAUUGGCAUGCAGGCGUCCUCAGCGCUGGCGUACAUAAUCUUCGAGAUGAUCAUGUACCUGGUCACCUUAUAUGUCACCAACACCAGCACACAUCUGAAGACCCUGGAUCUGCUGGCCUUCUCCGGGUACAAGUACAUCAUCAUGAUUGGCAGCCUCCUGGCUAGCCUCAUGCUGGGCAGGACCGGCUACUACUGCUCUCUGGUCUACACCAGUUUCGCGUUGUCUUAUUUCUUGGUAAAGACGCUCCGACUGCAAGUGCUGUCAGGGUCGCAUGCGAGCGAGGCGGCGGCAGCGCCGGCGUACGGGUACGGCGCGGGCGCGUACGGCGCCAACCCGUACGCCGACAGCUGGAGCAAGCCGGCGGCGGGCGGCAGCAAGCGGCGCGUGUACUUCCUGCUGUUCGUGGCGCUCAUGCAGCCGCUGCUGUCGUGGUGGCUCACGUACCACCUGGCGCCCGCCGCGCCGCCUGCAGCUGCCACGCUGGCGCCCGGAAUGGCGGCGCCCCUGUCCCCCGCGCGAUAGCGGCGCCCUCUACCCACGGAGCGGGCUCUCACUGUUCUACAUUCUUAUACAUGCAUUUUUUUAUUCGGAAAAUGUGGGCUUAUUGGUAUACAGAUUAUUUCAUCGAUUGGUACAAAGCUGACUGUGACUUGUGAAGCAUUGACUCGGUAUCCAGUGUGCACAAACAAAUUAGUUUUGUCUGUAAUGUUGUCGGCAAUGACAUGUGUAACUGUUUCUCAUCCACUCCAAAUCAUGUUUCAUACAGAUUUUAAAUACACUGUAAUGUGAUGUAUAUGAUGAUACGCCAUGUUUCCAAGUUGAAAUAAAUCACUAGUUGCCAAUGCAAACUAUUGAAUAGUUGUCUUGGAACAGUUGGAGCCCGCCACUGUGUAUACAGCAUGCUGAUACAUCGUGUCACUGUGUCACUCCACUCUGCUACACUACUCCGGGAAUGAACCUGUAACACGCUGUGUCAGUACCUAGUCUUAAACAAAUUAUGAAAGUUUUGUAAAUACAAAUAUUAUAUUGAUUUUAUAAUGCCUCAUUGUCAAGUUUUGUAACAUUUUCUAUUUCUUGUAUAAUAAAAAGGAAUAUAAUGAGCAACUUAGUUUUUUAAACUGAAAAUAUUGUACUUAAUUCAUAAAAUUCUUAAAUCAAUUAAUAUUAUCAAUAACACACAACAUGCAAAUAGAUAGGAGAUGAAAAAUGUUACAAAACACACUAAAUAUUUCUAUCUACAAAUAUGACCGUAAUUUUACACUACCACAAGUCCAGUGUUUACCUGUCUUUCAUUUACUCUGACAUCCGGUCUUAGUAUUUACUUUCUGUGUAACUAAACUAACGUACUUCCCAAGCUUCCAUUGUGUAAUACUUCGGGAUUUUUAUAACAAUUGCGACGCAUGCCUGCGUGUCUAUCUCCUGACACAUAUUUGGGAUCAAGUUAAUUGUAUUUUGUGGUACCAGUAAGAUAUACGUAGGUAUGUUUUCAUUGAUAGAAUUACAUUCCAUGAUAAAGCCAUUGAAAUUAGCUACGACUCUUGGUUUUAAAUAAAUUUCUGAUUCAAGUUACAUUGUUAUUAACGCUAGUGAAUAAAUAUGGUUGAAUUCUUACUAUCACUUAUGUAAAUAAAACACGGUAUUACGAUACUAAUUACUGUAAUGUAAAUGUUACCAAGUUUAUAACAAAGUACAAAGUUGACAUUACAUAAGUUUAACAUGGUGCAAUUAUCAAGUUAAGGUUUCACACAGUUUUUUGUUGAUGGACUUACAGGCAUUUAGUAUUUGUUCCCUGUAACUGUAAAGAUCCCUACACCAUAGACACGCAGGCAGUGCUAACCAUACUAAAAUAUCCCAGCAAGUGUAUAAUCUCUUCUCGAUAUUAUUUUACGAAGUUUCUUAUAAUUUAUUCGAUACAAUGACGUCUAGCGUCCGUCAGCGUAGCAUACCGUGUCGAUAGUACUGAGUACAUACAGCCGGGCUGUAUCGUGCAGUGAACGAGAAUUUUGUACUAAUUCAAUGCAAUAUUAAAGGCUAGUUUUGUAUUCCA